UCCCAGAAUACCUUUCACAGGAAUAAACACGAAGAAGCGAGUGCAGCCCCAGGAGCAGUGGUAUGACAUCACACGAGACAACAAGAAGGAACUGCCUGACAUCAUUCUCAAAAGAGUCCAAUCACGUGCCAGAAGACGAUGCCCGACCGCUGUGUGGCGUAUGGGUGUGGCAAGUCGUGGGAUGAUGGUGUUACUCUGUACAAUUUCCCCAACAAUGACACAGAGGAGUUUCACAAAUGGGAGAAGCAGGUCCAGCGGACACGGAGCAACUGGACCGCCUCGCCGAACUCCCAGCUUUGCUGUGAACACUUCGGUAAGGAGUGUUUUGAAAACAAGCCCUACCCCGUCCUUAAGGCUCUCGCUGCCAAAGGACAGCUGAAGCUGAAGUAUGGGGCUGUCCCCACAGUGUUCAUACGGCCCCCCUGCACCUCCUGUGAGGGCUUCGGCUGCAACGUGUGCACCCCCAAAGCCCAGAGACGUGGCGUCCCUGUAGAACCACAGGAAUAUGACAUGGAGGAUGUUGAGGGGGGCCCUCUGCAGUCGGAUGACACUGACGCAGAGGAUGACGAUGAAGAUGACGAUGAAGAUGAUGAAGAUGAGAUGGAUGAUUAUUUUGGAGAUUACUACUCUGCUCUCACUAUAGAUGACGGACCGGUGGUGUGUGAGAUGUGUGGCUUCAGCGGGACCAGAGACACCUUCUAUUCCAAGACCAAGCGUUUCUGCAGCGUCUCCUGCUCCAGAGCCUACUCCUCCAACUGCAAGAAGUCCUCUAUCCUGGCACGACUUCAGGGAAAGCCUCCCACCAAGAAGGCCAAGGUGCUGAUUAAGACUGCCUGGUCCACUCAGAUGGGGAACAUGAUUGCUUCUCUGGGAAGCAGUCAGGACAACAGCUCCAGCUCUACUGGACAGGAUGUUGCAGCAACAGGAAACUUUGACUGGGGUGCUUACCUGGAGAAGGCAGGCUCUCUUGCUGCUUCAGUGGCCUGCUUCAGACAUGCGCCACUCUGUGCCCAGUGGGAUGACAUCACAGUGAGGUUAAAGGUAGAGGUCCUGAACACUAGUGCCAUCCUGCCCAGUAAAGUGUAUUGGAUCGCCAGCAUCAUCCAACUUGCAGGCUAUAAAGCUCGGUUGAGGUACGAGGGCUUUGAGGAGGACAGCAGCCAGGACUUUUGGUGCAGCCUGGGUUCUGGAGACAUGUACCCCAUCGGAUGGUGUGCCAUGACCGGCAAGCUGCUGGUGCCACCACAGGCUGUGCACCAGAACAUCUCUGACUGGAAGGAGUACCUGAUGAACCGGCUGGUUGGAGCCAGAACUUUGCCUGUGGACUUCUAUAUGAAGCUGGCAGAGAGUAUGAAGUGUCCGUUCCGUACUGGCAUGCGUGUGGAGGUGGUGGACCGCACUCUGGUGAGCCGAACACGGCUGGCAGUGGUGGACACUGUGACCGGAGGCCGCCUAAGACUGGUCUAUGAGGACGGGGAGCAGGAGGCCAAAGGGGAGCCCCUCUCUGACGUCUGGUGCCACAUGUGGAGCCCCCUUCUGCACCCAGUGGGCUGGUCCAGCAAAGUGGGCCACGUCAUCAAACUGGCUGACGUUGACCACCCAACAUUCCGUAAGGUGUACUGUGACAGCGUCCCCAUGCUGUUUAAGAAGCCCAGGACUGUGUACAUGGAAGGAGGCUUCUUUGAGGUGGGAAUGAAGCUGGAGGCCAUCAACCCUGUAAACCUGGGCAACAUCUGUGUGGCCACUGUACACAAGGUGCUGUUGGAUGGCUACCUGAUGGUGGGCAUUGAUGGCACAGAUGGGUCGGGUGAUGGGUCUGACUGGUUCUGCUACCAUGCUUCCUCCCAUGCCAUCCUACCCAAGGGAUACUGCCAGAAGCACAACAUACAGCUCACACCACCCCCUGGCUAUGACUGGAAAACCUUCUCCUGGGCAAAAUACCUUGAGGAGAAGGGAGCCAGAACAGCGCCAGCACAGCUCUUCAACACGGACGGCUCAGGUCACGGCUUCACUCAGAAAAUGAAGUUGGAAGCUGUAGACCUGAUGGAGCCGUGGCUGGUGUGCGUGGCCACCGUGAGGCGCUGUGUGGGCCGGCUGCUGCUGCUGCACUUUGAUGGCUGGGAGACAGACUUUGACCAGUGGGUGGACGUUCAGUCACCAGACAUCUACCCUGUGGGCUGGUGCGAGGUUACAGGAUACCAGCUCCAGCCACCCAUUGGACCAGAUCCUGUUGCAAGUCGCAAGAAACACAAGCCUAUGGGGAAAAAGAAGAAAAGGAUGGUGAAGAAGAAACUGGCGAACCUCAUCUCCAAGAACCGCCCCCCAAGACGUCCGAGCCAACAGUCUGAACCUGAGGCCGGAACCCCAGAAUACUCAUCCCUCACACAGCAGAUUAAGGCUGAACCUGAGGAGCAGGAGAUCAUAGCAGUGAAGGUGGAGGAGGUGGAGACCCCCAUCGCACCGACCCUGCCAGAGGCCCAGGUCCCUCCACCCUUCCUGGGGGUGGUCAAGCAGGAGCCACAGGGAGAGGACCAGCAGAAAGCAACAGACAGAGGUGGAACCGAUGGAACGUUGAGACUCAUUGAAAUUGAUAUACCCUAAAUACAACUUUCCAAACUGACCGUAGAUGAAUGUCUGUGGUUAACUUCAUUCUACACCAUCACAGCCUUAGAUCACUACACUACUGAUCGCUGUGGAUCACCUGAACCUGAAGAUCAGAUGAGUCUGAGCUGAGCUGGUCCCACUUCUGAACAUUCUCAGCUCUGGAGCUGAAUAAAACUGUUCCAGUUUAACAGAAAGGCCAGUACUGUGACACCCGUUAAGGACAUUCUUUCAUACAUUGAAUAACAAACACCCAGUCGAUGUUGUUGUAUAAUGUUUAUUUAUUUGUUUUAUAUCCAGAUUCCUUUUCGUUGUUGUAUAUACAAUCAUGGAUUAAAGUACUUCAGUGAACUGGUU